AUAUAUCAACACAAUAACGUUACAAAUGUUUUGUGUAAACACGAGCGUCGUGCUGAAGGGCAAAACAGUGACGUCACUUCCGGACAUAUUUUGUUCAACAGCUGGUACCAGAAACAUCGCACAGAGAAAAUACAGCUCCAGAUGAUCCAUUGCUGGAGAGUCAGAGUGAGCUGUGCUCCCUCCCUCUACUGAACACUUCCCUUCCCUCUCGCGUCUCCUUUUUCCUCCUCUACAUCCAUCAGUGAUGCUUCCCUGCUGUUCCUGCCUCUCACGCUACACACACCAUCACCUGGUUGCCUUCCUCCUCACCUUCUGUAGCUAUGUGUUGCUGCAUGCUUCACGUAAGACUUUCAGCAAUGUGAAAGUGAGCAUUUCUGCACAAUGGACCCCUUCAGUGCAGAAUGGCAGCUCUUCUGAGUUUUCCCCUGGAGAGACAUGGGAAGAUAAUCGGCUGUUUGCAAAUGCUGAUCAGGCCACACUGUUUCUGGGUGUCCUGGACACUGUAUUUCUCUUCUCUUAUGCUGUGGGUUUGUACAUUAGUGGCAUCGUAGGUGACCGUCUGGACCUUCGUUAUGUUCUCUCCUUUGGGCUGUGUGGCUCGGCUGUGGUGGAGUUUGUUUUUGGCACUCUGACAGAAUGGCUGCAGUUUUAUAAUGUGUAUUUCUACUGCUGUCUGUGGGUGUUGAAUGGCUUGUUGCAGUCUGCAGUUUGGCCCUGUGUGGUGGCCGUCAUGGGCAACUGGUUUGGCAAAUCUGGGCGAGGCUUUGUGUUCGGCUUAUGGAGCGCUUGUGCAUCAGUGGGGAAUAUUCUAGGAGCAUUUCUGGCAUCCAGUGUUCUGAAGUAUGGCUAUGAGUAUGCUUUCCUGGUGACAUCAGUGGUGCAGUUUGCAGGCGGAGUAGUCGUGUUUUUCGGUUUGCUCACCUCCCCAAAGGAAGUGGGUUUGUGCGAAGGCACUGUAACAGGUCUAACAACAGUGGAGAGAGAUGCAGACAGUCAUCAGCCACUCAUGAGUGACAAUGAAGAGGAUGAGGAUGAAGUGGUGUGUGAUGGAGGAUACUAUUCCAUACAAAAGCAGGAUGAUGAGCCGGAGCCCCAAAUCAAAGCCAUUGGCUUCUUCCAGGCCUUCCUUUUACCAGGAGUCAUACCUUACUCGCUUUCCUACGCUUGCCUGAAACUGGUCAACUACUCUUUCUUCUUUUGGCUGCCAUUUUAUCUAAGCAACAACUUUGGCUGGAAGGAGGCAGAAGCAGACCGGUUGUCUGUGUGGUAUGAUGUAGGCGGGAUUGUUGGAGGAACAGUGCAGGGUUUGAUCUCUGAUUUCCUGGGAAAAAGAGCUCCUGUCUUGUGCGUUAGUUUGCUGCUAGCCAUGGGAGCUCUAGUGGGAUACAGCCACUCUCCAAACGACCAAAUUGUGAAUGGAGUGCUUUUAGCAACUACAGGUUUUUUUAUUGGUGGUCCAUCCAACAUGAUAAGCUCAGCAAUUUCAGCAGACCUGGGUCGCCAGGAAGCUUUGCAGGGAAGUCAGGAGGCUUUAGCCACUGUCACGGGCAUUGUGGAUGGAACGGGCAGCAUCGGAGCUGCUGGAGGGCAGUACCUGGUAUCACUCAUUGAGAGCAAAUUAGGAUGGAUGUGUGUCUUCUACUUCUUCAUUGUCAUGACAGGAUUCAGCAUCGUGUUCAUCAUCUCUCUUCUUGUUAAUGAUAUACGCUCCAUGUGCAGAGACAGUCAGGCAAGGACACAUCAGCUGUGAGAAUGCCUCUCUGUUCAUAACCUCUAAUCUGGAGCUAAUGUGGAGAAGCAUGUCAACACGUUCAGCAAGAUGCUCGGUUUACGACUGUCUUCUUUUUAAAGCUGCUUUUACUUACAAUAGUGAUAUUGUUUUAAAUCUUUUAUGCUUGAUUCCAUCUAUGUCACUGGCAUUAAUAUUAAUAUAAUGCCAAUGACAGCAACUGGUAAAAUAUCAUCUGGACAGUCACCAUAACUAAUCUGUUAACAGACUGAAGUAUUUAUCAUUGUUUGAAUUUUAGGGGGAAAAAACAAUGCUUAAUGUAGCCCAGUGCAUGUCAGACUGCACAAGCAAUUUGAUCAUUAUCUGAUCAUUAUUUAAGUUCAGCGUAGACAGUAAUUAUAUCUGAUAAAAUGUUUGUUCAUCCUGAUGCUGCCAAUGGCACAUUAGCCUAACAGUAAUAACUAUAAAUUAGACUGUAGAAAUCCAGCUGUAAUUAUUUAUCACUAUGUGUUUGUGUGUUCUUUCAUCCCAAACCAGUUUGAGGAAUGAAAAUGAACGCUAUUUAGCUAGGAACAAAAACACUACCAAAAAUGUAAUCAUGGUAACGUUUGAGAACAGAGCGGCUGCAAACCCAAGGAUUUUUUACAAUUCCGUCAAAGCCAGGAUUGUGUGUUUAUAGCUAAUAUAAGGAUCAGGUAGCAAAUUUAACUGACAUAAAUACAAAAAACCAACAAAUAGAAAACCAUUAGAACAUAUGUGUAAAGUGCCUUUAUUUCCACUUGUAUUUUGAUUUUGAAGAAAUUUCUGCAUUUUGGUCUUAUAGAUUAUUUCUCUAAGAGUACAGAGGACUUGGCCUAUAGACACAUUUAUUUAGCUUAUACAAUAUUUUUUCAAUCAAUGUAAAGUGAGAUUACUGGGAACAAAGAAAGAUAAUUAAUUGGUAAUGCUGAUCUAUGCUGUACUUUGAUUUAUUGGCUGCUAUAGCAAUAAAUCCCAUAGAUCUGCUUAAGGUUCAUUCCACUUUUUAAAUGGUGUCCUCUUGAAUAUUUGUAUUUCUGUACUGUUACUUGAUACCUGUGACAAUUUUAUCGAAAGGGAUUUUGUUCAGUUUUUUAACCGGAAUUGUAGUGUUAAAGUUAAUGGCAAGGCUUUGACCACUUAUUUGUCUGCUUCAUAAAUUAUCAGAAAUUAUCUAGAGAGUUGCUUUCAGCCACUUAAUAAGAUUGUCCUAUGUUAUAUCUAGAGUAAAUGCUAAUUUUAUAAAGUAUACCUACUAUGUAAGUCAAACUGAAUGUGUAAAAUUACUGACUGUAGACAAUAUGUCACUAUAGCACAUCAUUCCCCAGAGGAAACACUCCUCCACAGGACCUCUGGUGCUCACAUAUUAGCUGGGUGGUGCAACAUUCUCAGCACAUCUCGAUAAUUUUGUUUGACCAAACCCAACAACGAGGUGUUUAAAAACUUCACCAUUCAAUUAUAUUAGUGCUAGUCUCAUGGUGGGCUCUGGUCACUCACAAUAUGCACAUGUAUGGUUGGUUUACUUGAUAAACUGGCAAAUAUUUGCAUAAUUAUUUGUGACAUUGUAUGUUGUACAAGGUGAUAAGUGUUUUUAAGGUUUAAUUUUAAUGUGUAACUGUAACAUAUGUGACACAACAUUCUGUCUACUAUAUUAUGACCAAAAUAUUCAGACUUUAUAUUUACUUACUUUUUGGUGUGAACGUUUGGAAAUGUUAAAUGCAGGAUGAUAUUGAACGCAACAUGCCGUCCCUGGCAUGGAAAACCAAUCUUUUGGAAACAAGAAAUAGUUGAUUUACUGCACAUUUGAUUUUAUUUAUUUAUUUUCUUUUUAUCAUUUUCAUAGUGCAUGCUUUCAGAUUUGUUUCUGCUGAAUGAAACAAAAAUGGAAACACUAUCUCAGAGUGUAGAUCUAAUGGAAACUCAACUUGGUGUCAUGGAUAUAAUGAAAUCAAGCUCAGGUUCAUUGGUUAAUGUUGUGAUACAGGAUCAGAGCUACAGUUUUAUGGUAGUCAUUUUAUCUUCUUUUCUUUGAAUUGAAAGAUUUAAUUUUUGUAUGAAUGCUUCACAUUUGCACUUCUGGAACAUUUCUGAUUUAUGUGCCUGAUGUUUACAUGCUAUUUCUGUUCUAUAAUGAAUGCCGAUCCUGUUUUAGCUAAACUGCUUUUAAACUGCAAACACUUUGUAUAUAAAACUUGCAGACAAAUGUAUCAUGUCAUGAUACCGAAUUUUAUCACUAUCUAUCCAGAUCCUUGUUUACAUUAUAGUAAAAAUAAUUACGUUACAGA